UUAACUAACCCGGGCCCCUGACAGCGCAGCACAAUCUCGUUUCUUCUUCUUCUGUCUCAAGCGCACACACAUCAUCAUCUUCUCCAUCAUCUUCCGCAGGCACACACUUCAUCAUCCAUCCCUCUAUCUCUGUACUCAACAUUUCUUUCCUCAACUAGUCAACUUCAGACCGGCCGCCUGCUGCCCGUGCCCAUGCUCACCACCGGUACGGUCUUCCUCCUCACCGCCCUAUUAUAUUCAGUGCAGCCCUACACCUACCGCUGCUUCUACUGCUACUUCACCCUUCUUUCUCUCUCAUCUAUCUUCCUUUCCUUUCCCUUCCCUGCUUCUGCUUGUGGGAUCUCUCUGCGACUCUGCCAGCCUUGUACUGCUUCCACUCCCACUCCCACUCCCACUCCCACUCAUUCCUUCUUCCUCCUCCCUUUCCUUCCCCCUUUUCCUCACCUCCCUCUUUACAGUUUGUGCUGUCUGCUGUGCCUGUGCACGCAUAGGUAGCUAGCUACCUCCUCCAUCUUUCUCACACCUCCACCCAGCUUCAUGCUCUCCCACCUUCGCCACCUCAAUUCUUCUGUAAAAGUCUAGCGGGAAAGCCAGGAGGCGCCGUGAAGGCGCAAAAUUCUGCCUUUCACGCACAAAUCCGACGCGUCGGCCGGCAUGCAGCAGCAGCAGCCGGGCAUGCCGCCAUUCUCGCCUGCCGGCGGGACGGCGGUGGGCCAGCACGCUCAGCCAGCGGCCCCGUCGCCCAUCAGCAGCCGCCCGCCGGAGGGUCAGCAGGUGGACGAGCUCGGCGCCGGCGGUUCGGCUGCUGCAGGCAGCUUCGACCACGAGGGGCUGUCCGCGGCCGGCGAUGAGGGCGAGCGCGGCGGGUCGGCGGGCAACCGGUGGCCGCGGCAGGAGACGCUGGCGCUGCUCAAGAUCCGGUCGGAGAUGGACGCCGCGUUCCGGGAGGCCGCCCUCAAGGGCCCCCUCUGGGAACAAGUCUCCAGGAGGCUCGAGGCGAUGGGGUACAAGCGGAGCGCAAAGAAGUGCCGCGAGAAGUUCGAGAACGUCGACAAGUACUACAAGCGUACCAAGGACGGCCGCGCUGGCCGCGGCGACGGCAAGGCCUACCGCUUCUUCUCCGAGCUCGAGGCUCUCCACGGAGCUUCCUCGCCGCACCCGCCAGCGUCUUUCGCGCCGACACCGGUGGCCAUGGCACCGCCGGCCACGCUGGUCGUCCCUCUGGGCGCGUCCGGCGUGGCGUCGGCCGUGCAUGCUGCGCGCGUGCACGCCGAGCCGCUGCCUCCUGUGCCCACCGUACCGCAGCAGGCGCCGAGUGGCACCUCCGCACCUGCGGCCGCCGCCACCGGCGUGACAUGCAUGAUGACGGCGGGUGAAGUCAGCUUCUCGUCGGGCUCGGACGGGGAGGACACGGAGGAGACGGGUGAUGGAGCGAAGCGUAAGCGGCGGAACGGUGGCGGCGGCAGCAACAAGGUAAUGCGAUUCUUCGAUGGCCUCAUGCGGCAGGUCAUGGAGCGGCAGGAGGAGAUGCAACAGCGGUUCAUCGAGGCCAUAGAGAGGCGGGAGCAGGACCGGAAGAUCCGCGAGGAGGCGUGGCGGCGGCAGGAGGUGGCGCGCCUCGCCCGCGAGCAGGACGCGCUCGCCCAGGAGCGCGCCAUCGCCGCCUCCCGCAACGCCGCCGUCGUCUCGUUCAUACAAAGGGUCACCGGCCAGACUAUCCCGAUGCCCACCGUCGCAGCGCCAACGGCCAUGAUCAGCGCAGUGACACAGCCGCCUUUGCAGCCCACGCCGGUUGCUUCAGCUGCACCGGCGCCGGUGCGGUUGAAGCACCACCACCAACCGCCAUCAAUUCAGAUGGCGCCGAAACAACACACAAUGCCGAUGAUAGCACAGCCCCAGUCGCAACCACAGGCGCCGCCAGAGCAGGCACAGAGCAAGGAGAUCAUCGUCCGGGUGCCGGCGGAGUGGCAGGACACGGUGGGGUCCGGAGGCGGCGCGCCGUCGCCGUCCAGGUGGCCGAAGGCGGAGGUGCACGCGCUGAUCCAGCUGCGCAGGGAGCUGGAGGCGCGGUACCAGGGUUCGGGUCCCAAGGGCCCGCUGUGGGAGGACAUCUCGGCGGGGAUGCGGCAGCUGGGCUACAGCCGGAGCGCGAAACGGUGCAAGGAGAAGUGGGAGAACAUCAACAAGUACUUCAAGAAGGUGAAGGAGAGCAACAAGAAGCGGCCCGAGGACUCCAAGACCUGCCCCUACUUCCACCAGCUCGACGCACUCUACCGCAACAAGGCGCUCGCCUCUUCCGGCGCCGGCGUCGUCGGUGCAGCUCCGCCACCGCGCGCAGAGUCUGUCACCGUGCUGACCGCGGUGCCGCUGUCCCAGACGGCGCCGCCCGCCGAGCACGGGGGCAAUGACUGUAGCAACGGCAACGGCCAUGGGAAUAAUGGCUGCGCGAGUAGGGGCUUUUCAGGAAAUGGCGGCAGCUCCGGGGGCAUGCAAACGAAGGCGAGCAACGGCGGUGUUGCGGGGCUUGCGGCCAGGCAGUUCUCCGCCGAAGGCAACGGCAUGGCGACGAACAAGCAAGAAGAUGUCGUCACGAAGGAGACGACGGAGCAGCAGAGGCCGCAGCCGGUGUCCAUGAACCACAGUUACGACGACAGAAUGGACGCCGUGGACAGCGACACCAUGGACGACGACAACGAUGACGAAGACGACUUUGACGACGACGACGAAGGCGAUGUUGGCGGCGGCAACAGCAACACGAUGCAGUACGAGAUCCAGUUCCAGCGGCAGCAGCAGAACCAGAGCAGCGUCGUCCGGCCGAGCGCGAGCGGCGGCGGCGCCGGGUCAGGCCCCGGCCCGGCAACGACAAGUGGGUCGUUCUUGGCCAUGGUCCACCACUAGCUACAACAUAUACACCAAGAAAUGCUUGGAUCGAUCAGCUAGCUACUUGCAUGUCACUCCAUGGCCAUGCUGCUACAAACUUGUGUGCUUGCUCAGGUAAAAGUAAAACCCGGACCCUAGCUAAAAACCUAAUCGCCAAAGUUUCAAUCUUCUCCUGCACAACAAGUUUUAGCCUUUCCCUUCAUCCAUCAUUUCAUCCAGCUCAUGCACAUACACAUCGACGUAUACACCAUAAACAUGUGAGAUUCACCAUACAUAUAUACGUGGGAUUGGAGGAAGGUGUACUGUCUGUCGCGUAGAUAUAUACUGUUUAUUACUGCUUUACUACAAUUGUAUGGUACUGAGACAUCUCUAGCUACAGCUAGGGAAACAUGUGCUAGUGCUCACGCGGGAAUUCCUUUAUUUUUUUGGGUAUACUUUUGGACCUUUUUCCUUUUAAGAAAUUUACUGAAGUGUCCAUUAUAUAUGUGUAAUUUAUUACUUAUUAUAUAAUGUGGUUGUAUUAACGACUGUUAAAAUGUACGUACGUACACUUGGUAAAUGUAAAACUCUUGAGGUU